AGGCCGAAGCCUUUCCUGAGUCACGGUGAAUUGCCCUUACUUAACAUGGCGCUGGCCAGCCUGCUGGAGCCGCAACUCCCCGCGAACAGGCCCGGCUUUUUCGGCCUGGGGGCCCUGGGCCCUUGCGGCGGGGAGAAGGGGCCGGGGGGCCUGGAGCUGGCCGCCCCUUGCGCCGGGCUGACCGCGGGCGACCCCAGGAUCGAGCUUCAGCACGGGACCACCACGCUGGCCUUCAAGUUCCAGCAUGGUGUGAUUGUGGCAGCGGACUCGCGGUCGACGGCUGGGGUCUACGUUGCUUCGCAGACCGUCAAAAAGAUCAUCGAGAUUAACCCGUACCUGCUGGGCACCAUGGCCGGGGGUGCAGCAGACUGCAGCUUCUGGGAGCGACUGCUCGCCCGGCAGUGCCGCAUUUAUGAACUCCGCAACAAGGAGAGGAUCUCGGUGGCAGCUGCUUCCAAGCUCUUGGCGAAUAUGGUGUACCAGUACAAAGGCAUGGGCCUGUCCAUGGGGACCAUGAUCUGUGGCUGGGACAAGAGAGGACCAGGUCUGUAUUACGUGGAUAGUGAAGGGAAUCGCAUCUCGGGAACGGUUUUCUCGGUGGGUUCUGGUUCUGUCUAUGCCUACGGAGUGAUGGAUCGUGGCUACUCGCAUGACCUCUCUGUGGAAGAAGCCUAUGAUCUGGCCCGCCGAGCAAUCUAUCAAGCCACGUACCGUGAUGCAUAUUCGGGUGGCUCAGUGAACGUGUACCACGUAGGCCCAGAUGGCUGGAUCCGUGUCUCCAGCGACGAUGUAUCUAACCUGCGUGAAUUGUUCCGUGACACAGCCUCCGAAGCAGUGGCUUGAGACAAUGGACUCGGAGCAGGGAGGGCAACAACGGGGGUCUAUAAAGGUCACGUGCUGUAGAGUAUUUUCAAAACUCGAGAAGCGAAAUUGUAGUUCAGCUGUUAAAGAAGGGUAAGGCCCACGGGUUGCCCUUAAAAUGGGAAGACGUUUGACCGGUAUUUCAUGUAAUAAAAGCGUUCUGCUUGUUUGGAAUUAAAAAUUAAAACUUG